AUGUCAACAAUGAUAAUCAAUGAGGACUAUGAUUCUGAUAUAGAGAUCUUUGAACAACGCAAUUAGCAAAUUUAACAAUUAAAAGAAUAGUAGUUGCAAUUCAAAGAACAAUUAUUGCAGCAUAUUCAGAAUAAAGAUUACGAUUAUAACUUAAUAUCCCCAAUUCCAUAUCCAAUGGACAAGAAGAUUAGAGAUAAGGGUAACAAUGCAGCUAAUCUGUUAUAAUUGAAUAAAAGCCAUGAUUUAGCGAGCGAACGAUCAUAAAUUUCAUCCAAUUAUCAAUUUCCAUCCAAAACCAGCAAGACAAAUUUAAAAGGAAAUUACCUCUUCAAACAGAAUUACUUGCCCAAAACUCCAAAAAAGAAAGUUGCCAAUGUAACCACAACGAAAUCCUAUUGCAAUAAGAUUCAAAGCAACUUGAAUAAUAAGAAAUCUCCUUCUAAUAUUUCAACAUGCGAACAAAAGUCAGCAAGAACUCCAGAAUAAAUAAAACAUUAUGUGGGUGUCCUCUCGCCCUCUCCCUAUAACUCAUGGCUGAAGAAGGAUUUUGAGAACAAAUCAAAACAAUAUAAUUUGUCUUCUUUUACAAACAAACCUGCAGACAAGCCUCGUCAAGUAAUGAAGACAGAAGAAAAUACUAAAAUCAAUAAACCCUAAGAGAAGAAAAAUGUAGUUCCUGCUGAGAAACCUAAGAAGGGAUUCGAACAAUGGUAUGAUUCUUAGAAGAAAUGGUUGAGACAGACUGAGGAGAAGAUCUUCAAAUAGAAACUGUAAAUGGAGUAGGAACUAGGUGAGUAGGAACAGUUUAGUCAUUCUCCUGAAAUUCAUGAGGGAUCGAGGUAUAUUGUGCAGAAGAAAUACAAUAAUGCAAGUUUAUUAGAAAGGUAGAAAUUCUAUCAGGAAGAAUUGCAAUACAAAUAGUUCUAAAAGAAACUGAGAGAGGAGGAGGACAAGAAGAUUAAUUAAAUUAGAAUAAGUCCCUUCUCAAGAAAGAUAUUAAGAAGUACAUCUCCUAAAUCUAAUUGUUCUUUCACGAUUUGCAAUUCCUCCAAUCAAAAUUAUUCAACCAUAAUUAAAAAGUGA